AUCCGGAAAUCCCACAAUAUGAACCAGAAUUAUUACUGCGCUUUAUUCAAAUUGAUGGAUGUGUGUCUGAAAUCAAUAGAAAUUAUGAAAUACCUGAUUUUAAUUUUAAUUAUACUAAUGCUGGUACCAAUCCUUUGGAAUUUUAUCCGCUAUUUGAUAAAUACAUUCUAGUGGUAUAUUCAACUGCUACAAAUAAGUAUGAUAAUUCGACAUAUAGAGAUCGGGGAAUGAUUAUUGAUUGGACUGGAACAAAUUUUAGUGAUAUAGAAUUUGGAUCAUCUUAUACGGAUCCUUAUAAUGGGUUGAUGUUAAAUCAAGCUAAAUUUGCAGUGAAUUCUGAUCCAACAAAAGGUUUUUUACGUUUUUUUCAGCCAUCAAAUUCAAAUAACGGCAGUUGUCAACAUUAUACUGUUAAUUCAAACGGGAUAAUUUCUCAAUUAGCAACCUGCAAUAAUAGUAUCCUAGACUUUUUCCCCACUGAUGAUAAUAGCAAUAUAAAUUAUACAAUAUUCUCUACCAACAAUAAUGACUAUGCUAUAGUACGCUUCACUAACGAAAUUAUUGGUAAUCUAAAUAAUACUCCACUUGAGACACAUGGAAGAAUAUAUGCUAUAUUUAUAAGAUACGGUAAAGAUAUUGUAAAUGAACAAAAUAUUCUAUAUGAUACAGAAGAAGAUUUGCAGUUUAACAAUAUUUAUUGCUCUACCAAUGUUACUGGAAUAGGAAACACAUGCACAAUAAAUAUGCAGCAACUUAAAUCAAACAUGUAUUAUUUUUUCAAUAUUCAAUUUCUUUCUUCAGGAUCAGUUCAUGGUGUUUCUUUGGUUACUAAAGGAAAUGUUACUGAUAAAUAUGAAGUUAUAACCUUACCUUUUGGCGGUUUUAUUAAAUUGGAUCAACUUACUAGUGACCCAAACAUUACAAAAUUUAACAUUACUCUUCUUGAUAAACAAGGAUAUAUAGAAACUGCCAACGGUACUAACAUGCAAAUAGUAAUAGACAGUAAUGGUGAACACACACAGGUUGCUAUAUUCAACAAUACGAUUUUUUUUGCGAAGCCAAAUAGUGAAAAUUCUUGGAGUCUUAUUGGCUAUACUAUGCAUAAAUAUGAGAAUGAUAGUGGUUUCCGUAAUCUCUUGAUCAACUCGUCAUUUCCUAAAAAUGGCACAUCCGUUGGAAUUACAAACCUUAAUAUUACGAUUACGUAUAAGCUUCCCAUUACGCGAUCAUCAUCUAAUUUAUUAAUUUAUCAAAUAGAUGAAUCAAAUAAAAAAAUAUUACGACAAAAUUAUUCAGCAUUGGCAUCCUAUAAAUUGUUAGACUAUUGUGCAAUUACAUAUGAUGGUUAUACAAUAAACUGUACAGUUUUAAGUAGUACUUUUAAUGUCCCUAAUUCAACAUACCAUAUAAUUGUCGAGAAUGGAUUUGUCGAAGAUCUUAUAUUUCAUGAGAAAUUACAAGGUAUUAGGGAGAAUUUAUGGGAAAUAACAACAGAACCUCAUAUAAUAAAUCAUGAAAAUAUUGAUACGGUUACAGGAUAUUUACGCUUGUCAGAAAAAGGGACAGACGAUUUUAAUAAAAUAAAAAAUUUUACUCUUUUAAAUGAAAAUUUUACUGAAGAACUUGUUCGAUGUAUUUCUACUGAUAUUUCAAG